UCUGCUCUUAAAGAGCCCCCAUGUCUUCAAUGGAGACUCAAUCCCCUCACUGACUUACUCAGCCUGAGUGCGCUCUCACCACUGCUGCUCUCCAUCCAUCCGUCUCUAUCUUCUAUUCUCUUUCUCUCUCCAUCACUCCCCUGAUCUUAAUUCUUUCUGCUCUUCUUUGCACUUACUUCCUGUUUCCUCUCUUCAUCUCUUACCUCAGGUUCUUCCUCCUCUCUCCUCUUUCUAUAACACCACCACUCUUCUUCUUCCUCUCUCUCUCUUUCUCUCUCUCCACACGUACUCCUGAGCCUGAGUGUGCAGCACCUGUGCAGACUGGAGUUUGUCGGGCCGAGGCAGAAGGUUUUUUUUUUUCAUUUAUUUUUGUGUGUGUGUGUUGAACAGGGGAGGGAGGGGAGACAACACCCAGGAACACCUAACCAACAUUUUAUCAAGAUAUGUGGAGACUUAGGAACUGAUCUCCUCCUCCAGCUUUUCCCCAGCUGUUUGUUUAUCUGUUUUUUUUAUUGCAACACCUGGAAUGCUUAACGUGGACUGAUGGAUGUUUCCGAACUGUGCAUCCCUGACCCUCUCUGCUACCACAACCAGUUGCUAACCAGAAUGCCCUCUGAGGACCGGCACCUAACCUCGAGCUGUGGGUCUUAUGUCAAAACCGAGCCUUCCAGUCCGUCCUCCUCGCUAGUAGACACCGGCAGCCACCACAGUCCCAGCGGCAACUCUGACGCCAGCGGCGGCUACAUUAACGGCAGCAGUAGACACUCACACACCCUCGACUCCCCGCCAAUGUUCAACCCAGGCAUGCUCGGCGGUGGUGCCGCCUGCCUACGUCGCUACGAGGAGUGCUCUGGCGUCGUGGCGGACGACUCGCCAAUCAAGUGCGAGUACAUGCUCAAUGCCAUUCCCAAGAGGCUGUGCCUGGUGUGUGGCGACAUUGCCUCAGGGUACCACUAUGGGGUGGCCUCCUGUGAGGCCUGCAAAGCCUUUUUCAAAAGGACGAUACAAGGGAAUAUUGAAUACAGCUGUCCGGCCACCAAUGAAUGUGAGAUCACCAAGAGGAGACGCAAGUCGUGCCAGGCCUGCCGCUUCAUGAAAUGUCUUAAAGUUGGCAUGCUGAAAGAGGGUGUACGUCUGGACCGGGUGAGAGGGGGGAGACAGAAGUACAAACGGAGGCUGGACGCAGAGAACAGCGCCUAUCUCGGCCUCACCAUCCCCCCUCCAGCCAAAAAGCCAUUGACAAAGAUCGUUUCCCAUCUGUUGGUGGUGGAGCCAGAGAAGAUCUAUGCCAUGCCUGACCCCACCAUGCCCGAUGGAGACAUCAAGGCCCUGACCACGCUGUGUGACUUGGCCGACCGCGAACUGGUGGUCAUCAUUGGCUGGGCAAAACAUAUCCCAGGUUUUUCCACUCUUUCGCUGGCGGACCAGAUGAGUCUACUGCAGAGCGCCUGGAUGGAGAUCCUGGUGCUGAGCAUCGUGUUUCGCUCGCUGCCCUGCGAGGACGAGAUCGUGUACGCAGAGGACUACGUGGUGGACGAGGAGCAGGCGAGGAUCUCGGGCCUGCUGGACCUGCAUGUUGCCAUCCUGCCACUGGUGCGACGCUACAAGAAGCUGCGCAUGGAGAAGGAGGAGUUUGUCACGCUUAAAGCCAUCGCCCUCGCCAACUCAGACUCCAUGCACAUAGAGAAUAUCGAGGCCGUCCAAAGGCUCCAGGAUUCUCUCCACGAGGCCCUGCAGGACUUUGAGGGCUCCCAGCAUCCGGAGGACCCUCGGCGGGCAGGCAAGCUGCUAAUGACCCUGCCUCUGCUCCGCCAGACCGCCACCAAGGCCGUUCAGCACUUCUACAGCAUCAAAAUGCAGGGCAAAGUCCCCAUGCACAAACUAUUCCUCGAGAUGCUGGAGGCCAAGGCUUGACACCUGGGCCAGAUGUUUGACAGACAGCUGCAUCACCCAAUGGGAGGCGAGGGACAGCCCAUUUAAAACGAAGGUGGUGUGCCAAUUGACAGUGAAAGGAUGAAGCUUGGACUACUGAGUCAUUUUAACACUUUUAAAUGGUAAUAAACGUUAACGUGAGAUGGUUUUAAAAAGGGUGAAUAUCAACCUGAUUGACAUGGGAUCAUGAUGAUGUAUAUAAAGAUGUUGUGUACAGAAAUCAGGCAACUGUGGUCUUGUUAUAACCAGAGACCCAUUGCUCUAUAUCACCUGAAGCUUCUGUGAAUUUGUUUCUUAUCUUAUUUUCAUCUCAAAAUGGAAGUGUGUUAAUAUAAAUGUCCUGAAGAACUGUACGGCUACAUAGCCACAUUACGUGUUUUUGUUUCUUUCUUUCAUAUUUUCUAAUCUCAGUUGUUAAAGCAAUAGUCUCUAACUGGUCUACAUAUAAUAUGUGUACUGUAUAUUGUGUGAAAUUGCACUGGGCGGGGGGCGGGAGGGGGAGAAUUGUUAUGACAUAUUCUUAUAUGCGUCAUCAAAGAAAGCCCGACCAUGGGUGUGUAAGAUUCUCCAUUUCCUCGUAAUAUAUUUACCUCGUAGUAGCUUCAUCGACUCGGCGGUUUUAGUCAACUUGGUGCUUACAGAAGGACAAUGGCUGGCCAGUGAUCAUAGUUCACAAAGAGUUUGCACUAAUCAUCUACGAAUAAUGCGGCAAUAAUGGGUAUUGUGCUAGCGAGCUCUGUCGGGUAGCGUACGAGUCUCAGUCAGUGUUUUUUUGCUUCUAGUGACUAAAUCCCCUCCACACUCAUCUCUGUGUUCAGUGUCAUACACAAAUAUUGGCAACUAAGCAUACUGUGAAAAAUACACACGAUAAGCUAUAUUCUGUGUUGAGAAUUUUUAAACUGAACUGUACGACGUGUUAAAAGAGGGUUGUUUUAUUGUUGUUGUUUUUUUAAAUUCAGGUAAAAGACACACUAACAGCGACAUCUAUGCAAUUUAAUGCAAUCCAAUCUGCUUUUUAAUGCAACCUGAUAGCCCUGCUGGAAAUACGACCUGAGUGAAGUUUAUAAUGUUGAGUUUGUGUCAGAUAUGUGCUGAUUCAACUCUAUGGUAAUGUUUGAGCCUAUAGUUUGUGACGGUGCUGUAUUAGAUUGCAUUAUAUUGUAUAGGUUUGGCUUUUUUUCUUGUGUUUACCCCCUUUUGUUUAGGUUGUAUUCUCAAACAAGUGUCACUAUAUUGGUCACAUUUUUGCUUAUAUGAGAUACCAAAGCCUGUAUGCUAGCCUCAUGCAUCUAAACAUUAAACACAUGGUCCUGUAUUUUGUUCUCAGUGUGGACUAUAGGUUGACUCUGCUGUCGCUGGGCAUUAACACAGAAUAUUUAUACGUCCUGAACACAUUAAAAAGGAAAAUUGUUAAUUGUAAAAUAUUAGGCAUAAUAUCUCCCCUUUUUAUGACAAACACCACAUUUGAAACAACUUUUCCAAACCUCGCCUGUGCCUAAUAAAAUGGCCACUGUGUGUACACAAACAGCCAAUAGAUGUUCUCACAUGCAAGUACACAUAACUGCAAUGUCUGACGCUUGACAAAUAAUGUUUUACCCUUUUGAGUUUUGAGGUGGAAAGUUUCAAAUAAAAACAAUUCACCUUUUUUUUUUUUAACUGAGGAUUUCGAGCCCCUUUGUCUACUUGAUUGUUAAAAUUGAACGGCAGCUCUUGUUGAAUAUAACACUGUAAUAGAUUACUUAAAGGUUAAAAUAUUAGUGUGCAACAAUAUAUUGACACUUGUGUUUCCGAGAUGAACUCAACAACGAUAAUGAUGGAGCAUAUCAGACCUCAGAUUACGUCUCUCUGAAGUUCUGUAUCUUCUCUGCUCAUCUUUAACAAAGGUGCUAAUCAUUCAGACUGGCACUGUGUGUACAUUUCUACAGACACUGACACUCUGAUGUGCACAAACUAAGUUAACAAAUCUGUAUAUUCCAGAAGUGAUAGUAGACUUUUAUAGCGUAAUAUCUAUCAAUUGUAAACCAGUUGCCAAAUUAUUCAAAGAAAGCAAUCAGAAUAAUGUGAUACAGUUAUCAACAUGUUAUCGAUAGAUCAAACUAAUACAAUAAUAGGUUAAUCAGCCGCUCUUAGGACUUUAGUGAGACAGAUAUUGUCCCUUAUGAAGACUUUCAAGCAGUAGUGUCUUUAAAGUAUCAAGUGCCAUUAGCUUCUGCCCAAACGAGAAGAAAACAUGAAGCCAGGCGGCCAGUAACUACAGACACAGGCCAGUUUCUACACUUGAACAGAUCCCCACAGGAACAGACGCUAUUGAUUCACUGUAAUGUAAUGCAUAGAUAAUUAUAACCCAAUACAGUAGAGAAUACAAUUCCCACGAUGCACUUCCCUAAAUGUGUAACCAGCUAAUCCAUCCUCCGUUGAAGUAAUAGGAUGUAUCCUCUCUGUACAGUAGCAAACCAAAGGGUAGAGUCUUCAGAUAUUUUAAAAAGAAACACAACUGCGUUUUGUGCCAGCCGGUGAACAUGACUGCUGUUUAUUUACAAUAUAUUAUUAACGCUAAUUCUGCCAUUUAUAAAACCUACAAUGGUGGUUCUAACAGAUGAACAAAAUGAAGACCUUUUAUCUUUUUUUUGUUCAGUCAAUACAUGCAUUGAUUAAACACCUUUGUCGAUAUGAGACACAGCGUGAAGUCUUGCUCUGUGGUAUAACUAAGAGAUGAAAUUAUCAUAAAAAUGGUUUUAUUGAAGAGUCUUUCAAUAAGCUCCAUCAGCUCUGGCCAAAACAGUCAAACUCUGGCCAUCUCACGUACCACCUCAUGUGCACUUUGAAGAUUGAUAGCAGAUAAUUGUUUCUCAACUUUCCCUGUCUUCUCAAAUUAAUAUUAGAAAAUAAAAGAAAAAUGCUUAAUUUAUUUUCAGAGUUCUAAAACGGUUCUACUGCAUCCAAUUAAUUCUAAUUGUCUCCCAAGCUGAAAUUCUCAAUAGAAAUGGAGCAAUUAAAUUUCAGCUUUGGCUCUACCUUGGGGACUAGAGACGUUUUAUUUCGGUUGACAGUGGGGAGGGUUUGUCUAAAUCUUUACAAAGGCGAUUUCAUGGGCGUCUGUAAUAGUUUCAUAACAGAGCGAUCACUGGGCUAUGCAAGGCAAAUAUGGCCACCUAUGUUCCUUGUGUUGUGGAGCAUCAGAUGACAUUUAGUUGUGCUUUGUUUACAAUGUGGACAUACUGUACAGUGCUGUACACUGCAAAUGUAUCGUGCAUAUUUCACCGUACUAUACUGUAGCUGCUGUGCAUUGAUAUGACUAUGAUCGUUUGUUUAAGUUGCCCGUUUAAUGAAUUUCUCAUGAUGCUAGCAACCCACCUGAAUAGCUGUAUCUAUUGUGAAUCAGUGUAUCGAGUCAAGUGAGAAUAAGUCCUCAUAUUUGGUCUAGGGUGGGAUGUUCUCUUAUUUUCUUUCUCCAUGUCUUUGUGUCUCUCACUGCGCAUCGAUUUUGGUUAUCAGCACAGCAGGACGUAUAGUGAGUGAAGUAGUCUAGACCCUAUACCUCAAUUCAUAUUUUGAAAAUUACACUGGGUUUGGAAACGGGCCAUGGGUUCCUCCUGGGAAUCAGUGGCACAGAAAUAAAGUGACAUCACUGACUGGGUAUUAAAAAAAAUGUAGAUGAACCUACUGCAAUUGGGGAGCACAUUCCUCGGAGGAGAAAGCUGCUUAUUCGCUGUUCCAUUUGCGGACUUAUCUUAUCUCCAUGCACUCUGAGAUGACGAGAUUUACAUAAAACAUGGAGGAACCUCCCUGGCCGUUCUGGUCCACGGUGUAUAAAGGACCCUGCUUGGUGUAUGUACCGUAGACAUGUGAUUACCCAAGAGGUUUACUCCCCUCAAAAGCAAUAUGUUAGCAAUUGUGAUAUAUGAAUCAAGUUAAAAGGGAGAUUUGGUUCAUUUUAAUUAUAAACUUACCCUAUGCUUGGAAAAAAUGGACAGGGUAACUAUGCACACACACACACACACACACACACACACACACACACACACACACACACACACACACACACACACACGUUCAAAGUCCUGGUGGGAAAAAAUGUGAAAAUGUUGGUCAACCACAGCUGGGUUUCACUGGACAGUUAUUGUGUGACAUUUUCUUGUGUUUUGUUUGUUGUGUUCAUGCCUAUAAUGUACCCAUGUGUAAAUAUAUGCUUUUUUUUUUUUUUUGGAGUGAGUCAGAUCUAACGGUGCACUGAAUGUACAGUGACAAUAAAAUCACAUGGUUUAUGUACUUCUCUGCAAAUUAUUUCUUUAUCUUCAAGUCAACAAACAUGGGAAGGAACCAAGACGCAAACACAUUCUGUACCAUAUUUACGUCAGCUUUACAUUGUCCUUUAUUGAUGGCAGGAGACACCCACAUACUGCUGUCCGGUUUAUUCUACAUGAACGUGACAAUGUUUUGAUCCAUGUGGUCUUCAUCCUAUCCUGACCACAACCCUCAGACCAGAGGAAGACCGUUUGUGAUCUAAAUGUUGUCAUGUAAUCGCAUGAUAAAGGAAGA